GAUGGGGGGGGGGGAGUGAUAAGUUACGAAUAUCUGUAUGUAAGAUAAAAGAAGCAUAAAUGACCACGCUCGAUAUGCAGCAAACCGUUUUAAGUCAAGUAGCGGGAAACGAACAACCGCAGCAAGAAGAAAUUCAGCUGACGGAAUUAUUACCGGUGAAACAGUCGCGAAUCAGACAGAAUGAAAUCUUUAAACACAUUGAUACAAAUACCGAUGCGACCGAUGCUUUAAAAAUACUUCGUAGUUUCACUAUUGUUGAUAGUUGUAAUGUUCAUGAACACGAACUUCAUUCACCAAGUUUUCCUCUUGAUAGAAAACCUGUGCACUGUGAACAACGGAAGCAAAACAAUAGUAAACGGUGUCAAGGGGAGAAAUUACGAAAUAAAAUUCCCGAAUAUGACAAAAAUGUGGUUGAUAGGACCGAAAUCGGGAAAGAGAGAAAAAAAAAUGAUAAUCGUCGAUUUGAGAAUGAACCAAAGACAGAGAAAAGAAAAUAUAAAUAUAUCGAUAAAAUGUCAAUGUCUGGUCGUGUAGCAAAAUCCUUGAAGAAGAGUACAAUCAUCGACACAGUAGAAAAUAAUAAAGAACAAGAAGAUAAAAUAAAAAGACACGGAGAAUUAAAAGGUCGACAAAAGGUCAGAGAAAAUGCAUUCCUUGAGCAUGAAAAAAGAAAUUACUUAACCGAAUAUAACCAACAGGUAGAAUCGCCUUUUUAUCUCGAUCUUGAUAAGAAUAACCAUUUAAAUGAUGAGAUUUACGUGUUUCAUCAUGACUUAAUAAGUGAGGAACAAAGACGAAAUACACACUUAGGAAACCUAGAAGAAAAAUAUGAAGAAAGCGAGGACUACAGAACAACUACGGAUGGAGUAUUAUUCAAUCAAAUAGCAAUUUCUUCUGAAACAACGAUUGACAAUAACAUCAAUGAAGCUGAUGAAGGACUUACCGUCGUUACUAUCGAACAAAAUUGUCCAAUUGAUACGAAAGUGACAACAAAUUCGAAACUACUGUUCGAGAAUUCGGUGAAAGAAUCAAAAAUAAACUUCUGUACAACGACUAGUUAUCUUGGAAAUAAAAGUGAGAAUAAUAAUACUAUUGGACCAAAUGGAUGUAAAAUUAAAGAGAAUUAUACCGAUUCAUUGUUCAAACCAGAUGACUGUGAUAACAUAAUUGUCGUCGAUUCGUCAUCAUCGUCCUCAUCGUCCUCGUCAUCAUCUUCAUCGUCUUCGUCGUCGUCGUCAUCAUCGUCGUCGUCAUCGUCGUCGUCGUCGUCAUCAUCGUCAUCGUCGUCAUCAUCGUCGUCGUCGUCAACGUCAUCGCCGUCAUCGUUACCUUCGUUGAUGUUACCAUCAUGCACAUAUUUACGAAAAAAGAAUAUAUGUAACAUUAAAGAUGGACGAAGUAUCAAUGAAACUAAUAUCGCACAUGAUACAGAGGAGAAGCAAGAGAAUCAGCAAAAAAGAUAUUGUUGCGUAGUGUGCGAGGCGCGAUUUAAAGGUAGCGGUGGUCUUCGUAAUCAUUAUAAGAUCGUACAUGGAGCAGGGCCGGUUUUCAAAUGUGACGAGUGCGGUAAAGAAUUCCCAUUAAAAGAAAGAUUAAAAUUACACGUGAGAACACAUACCGGUUUUAAACCUUAUAAAUGUUCAGAGUGCGACAAAAGUUUCGCUAGAGGAGGGCAAUUGGUGCAGCAUCGACGUACACACAGUCAGGUAAAACCAUAUCGUUGUGGCUUAUGUUCCGGCACGUUUACUUGUGCUGCAAAUUUAGCAUUGCAUGUAAAACGACAUAAUGGUCAAAAGGAUCACAAAUGUGAAAUUUGUGGCCGCGCGUUCGUUCGACGAGACGCGCUUAAGAAGCAUCUCGAAUGUCUUCACAGAGACGUGAAAUCUUUUCUCUGCGUGAUUUGCAACAAAACCUUCAAAGGCCAUCUUCCUCAACAUAUGAGGACACAUGCACGUGACAGACCACAUGGUUGUGCCACGUGUGGGCAAAGGUUCGCUCAAAAAUCUCAACUGACUGUACAUCAGAGAACGCAUUCUGGGCAAAGACCGUUUAGAUGUUUGGUUUGUUGGCAGGCAUUUGCACAUUCGACGGCACUUAAACUACAUACGAGAAGGCACACCGGCGAAAGGCCGUUUAAGUGUGCCGAAUGUAAUGCUGGUUUCACCCAACUACCCCAUUGGAAAAAGCACAUGAAAUGUAUCCAUGGCAGGAAUGAACCUUAUGCUUGCAAGAAAUGUAAAAGCUUUUUUAGAAUUAAAAACGAUCUGGAAUGUCACGAGAAAACUUGUCAUCCUGAGUGUGAAAGCGAAAACAAUAUUUCGAAUACUCGAACCUCGGAUUCAGUAACAGCCACUAUGAUGUCGGCAUCAAUUUCGGUGACCUUACAGCCAACAGCAUCAUUACUUUCCAACGAAAUAAUCACUGACAAAUCUACGUUGUCGCCCUCUAAAUAUAGAGUAAUGACUGUCGAGAGAAUGAGAUUAUUACUCGCUGUACUUCUUAAGAGAAUCAGUAAACAAGAAAGGCUCGACGAAUUAGGUUUUGGUAAACGAUUAAUUGACGAAGUUCUUUACGAUUCUCUGAUAUCUGCUGGCAAAGAUCCAAUCACGAGCAAUGGACUUUCAGAACUUGAAACUCUCACCAAAAACCUCGAGAUAUUUCUAAAAUGGACCGUACCCAAAGAACAUUGGGAAAAUUUUCGCAGAUUAAAUAAGACUCCUGAAGAUAUCCUGGAAACGCUGACUGCUACUUAAAUAAAAAUCGUAAACAUUUCAACCUCACUUACACAUAUUAUUACAUAUUUACCAAAGAUUAACAGAAAUUUCGGUAUAUUUGAAUUUCUUCGAAAUGAAGAAAUUUAAGAAAACCAUCUGAUCCUAAAAUAAUAAAGGCUUUUUACAUUCAAGACUGUAUUUCCCGAAAUGGAUGAUUUAUACAUGAUAUUUUAUAUAUAAAAAUGUAUAACUUUCCUAAGCGAUACGUAAAUGAGCAGAUACAGAUAAAUAAUAAAUAAGGAAAACUUGAACCGGCGAAGGUAGAGGACAUGUGUUCAGCAUACGAGCUGGCACAUGUUAAUCGACAGACUAUUUCAAUAAUAGUUCAUUGUAAUAUAGAUAACAAAACUGUUGCUAAUUAUUUAUUAGAAUUUCAAUACACAAAUGUCGUUUCAUUUAGUCUAAAAUUAAUAUUUGCUAGUCCAAAGUGCAAACGCAAUAUUCGUAAUAACGU